UUACACCUCAUUUUCUGCUGUGCUCCACAGAGAAAAAAAAAAAUGUUUCUGAUAAACUGUUGGUUGGCCCUGCUCUCUUUCAGGGGAAAAAAGAAAAAAAAAGAGGCAAGCUAAUAUAUCAUUCCUUACCUAGGAGGCUCCAAAAGAAAGUUAACUGUGCUCUUCCAUUAAUUAAAAGCCUGGUUUAAUGAGUUGACAGCCACCUUUGCUUCCCUGUGACCUUGCAGAGCAGCCUGCAGAUGAGAGCUCAGGUUUCUAAAGCCAGCACCUGAGGCAGGCAGAGGUCAGCUGUGCUGAUGCCCUGGUGUGCAGCAUGCAGGAGGAGCCCUGAGCAUGACAUUUAAAUAAUGUUUUUGCUGUUUUCAGUCUCAGGUGUUGAUGCUCUGCCUGCCCAUCAUUUUAGUUGUGCCAGGGGGAAAAAAAGUGCUUGGCUUUAUAAAUAUUCGAUUAAAUUAGGAAUCUGGCUCUCUAAAUUUGGUUUAGGCAGACUGGGAGUGAGUUUUUCAUGACAGGAAGAGAGGGGACUAUGGAUCUACUUAUUUUCACUGACACAAGGAAAGGACUGAGCAGUGAGGGCACCAAGAGUUAAAUCUCCAUCCUUGCCCUUGGAAGGAGGGCAUUACUACACUGGACUCUGCUGUUUUGCCUUCUGAGACAGACUCAUUGCUGGAAAUACUCCAGCUGGCAGCUGAAAUCCUGAAUUUCUGUGUGGGGCAGGAUGUGUAGUGCAGCCUGAGGUGAGUCCAGCCCAGCAGUGUGGCAGGGCAGGGGGUUCUGGGCACUCACAGGAGAGGCUGUGGAUGUCUGAGGGGUCCUGGCUCAACAUUGCUUUGGGGAUGGAGCUGCUGUGGUGUCCCCAGGAUGGCUCAGCUGCUGGAAUGUGUUACCCUGGGAAGGAAAAGGGGGAAACCUACUGGUCCCCUCUUGCUGAAACCCAGAUCUCAUCCCACCAUUGAGACUGCAGUUCCACAGGGGACUCCAGCCCAUGGCAUUGGGGAAUCUGGAUUUCAGCUGCCAUUUCAUGGGGAAUUUGGGGAUACCAGUGAUACCUGUGGGUUUUGCUGACCUGCAUCUUGGAGUUGGGGUGUUUUACAUGUAAAUCAGCUGGGAUACAGACCUGCAGUGGGGUUUCUGACUUUGCCAUGUGAGGGGGCACCUGUGUGCCUCAGGGACUGGUGAAAUAGGGCUGAUGGUGAGGGGGAAGGACUUCAAGCUGCACCCAGGAGAUGAGUUUUCCUGGGAAGAUGUGGGCCUGGAUGCCUGUGGGAUUUAGGAGCUGACAUUUUCACCUGGAGUCUCAGAGAUUUGCCGUGCCCUGGGAGGUGUUUCUGGGUUCUCCAUUGUCCCCUGUGUGGGAACACCUUCACCUGAGUCAGUCCUGUGUCCCUGUCCCAUGUGUCCCUUGAAACGUGGUUUUGCUCACCUGACUGGCUCUGCUGAAGUUAUUUUGUGGGAUUUUUUUUGUGCUUAUUGCCUCAGUCUGGCUCACAUCUGCUUGGGAUGAGUGUCAGUGGUUUUCUGGGACUCUUUGUAAAACUGUGAGCUCUGAAAGGCUGUUUUACAUGUUUGGAUCAAGAUGAAGUCUUUGAAGUCUGUAAGCUGAAGCUUAGGUUUAUGUAGGGCUAAAUAUUUCUUAAAUAAAGUUCAGUGAUGUUUUCAAGAGGCAAAGUGCCCGUGGCACAUUGGUGAUGGCUCAGGAGUUGUGCACUGGCUCAGGGAACACUCCAUGGAAGCUGGGUGUUCAGUGUCUUUGAAAUUCACACUCCACAUUUACCUGCUGAGGGCAGUUAGGUGGAGAGGGGGAGUUUUUUAAAGAAUGAAACACACUGGGCUCCCUACAACUUCCUUAAGGUUCUUGGAAUCCAGACCCAGAAUUUCAGAUAUGGGAUAGGUAACGAUUCCUGCUCUUUUUCUUUGAAGCUCCUUAGAUGCUCUCUCUGGGAUUUUCAAAUGAGGCCAGAAACCUAAGCACAAAGGUAAAGGCUUCAUGAAGAAAUUUGGUCAUGUCUGUCCAAAAAUGCUGUCAGGGCACAGCCAAAACAGCUGGAAGAGCUCCCUGUGGUACCCUGGUAUUCCAAAAUACAGGGCUCAUUCCCCAGGACUAAAUUUCCAGGAUGUUUAGCCAUCUAAUGAUUGCGUUUCAAGUCAAAUUGGUGGCAUUGCUAAAUAUUUCUCUCGUUGUACAGUAGAACGUGAUGCCUUAAAAUUUCUUGAUCUUGCAGUUGCCUCUCCAAAGUGGAUGUUUAGCUGACAAAAUCCAUAAUGAUGGAUGUUCUGUCAGUAGGCCCCAGCAGAAUUUGCAGUGCUGUAGAUCCACAUCCCUGUCAGUGCACACACUUCCAUUAUGCUUUACAUCUCUCCCACGAUCUUUCCUAUUUAAGGGAAAACAAGAAAGCUCCAGGUCAGAGCAAGCGCGUAAUGACGCUCAUGAGAAGCCCCUGGCGGUGAUGACCUCAGCUUUACACUGCUUUGCUUUGUCUGUGCAGAUAGUGGCAGCAAUAAUGGCAAUCACAGGAAUUGUAAUGAUGGCAUAUGCAGAUGGUUUCCAGGGUGAUUCCAUUAUUGGGGUGGCCUACGCCGUGGGAUCAGCCUCCACAUCUGCACUCUACAAGGUUUUGUUCAAAAUGUUUCUUGGGAGUGCAAACUUCGGGGAAGCAGCUCAUUUUGUGUCCACCCUGGGCUUCUUCAACUUCAUCUUCAUCUCCAUCACCCCCAUCAUCCUCUACUUCACAAAGGUGGAGUACUGGUACCCCUUCUCUGCUGUGCCGUGGGGUUACCUGUGUGGAGUAGCUGGCCUCUGGUUAGCUUUCAAUAUCCUGGUUAAUGUUGGGGUGGUGCUGACCUACCCCAUCCUGAUCUCCAUCGGCACCGUGCUCAGCGUCCCUGGAAAUGCAGCCGUGGACCUGCUGAAGCACAAGAUGAUCUUCAGCGUGGUGCGGCUGGGGGCCACCAUCAUCAUCUGCAUCGGCUUCCUGCUGAUGCUGCUGCCCGAGGAGUGGGACGAGAUCACCCUGAGGUUCAUCAACAGCCUGAAGGAGAAGAAGAGCGAGGAUCACUCCGAGGACAUGACGGAAUCCAGCGUCCACACGAGGAGCAGGAGCAGAGCCAACGGGACGGUGUCCAUCCCGCUGGCGUAGGGCUGGAGGAGCGUCCCUGCACGCAGAUGUGUAUUCUGUGAAUAUAGCUUAACUUUCCUCACCACCUGUAUGCUUCAAAAAACGUCAUCUAACCUGAGCAGGGGAUGAACUGUAAGAUAAGAGAAGUACAUCUAUAAUAAAUGUUUACAUUUAUACACUUAACAAGGAAGGGGUGUAAAUAACUACAAUAAAAUCUUUUUAUAAUAAAUG